UUUCAUACCAUAAAACACCAGCCAGCCAUGCUUUCCCGCGCCAAAUUCGCUCUCCUCGUGUCCACCAUCCGCCAGGCGAACGCGAAGACCUACUACAGCGCCUACACCGUCCGCCUCUCCGCCCGCCCCACGUUCCACGCCCAGCGCCUCGCCUACUGGAUCGGCCUGCGCAUCAGCCUCAGCAAAGCAUACACUCUCGAGCAGAAAUACAUCGCCGCGCGCCCCAUGCCCCAGCUCGCGACCCCCAGCCCCGUCCUCGACCUCGUAUACCCCUACUCUGAGGAAGAGCUCAUGAGAAGCAUCGCCGUCGCGCCACCGCUGAUCCACAUGGCGACCCAUACCCACACCCUGCAGAGCUAUGCCCACGCCCAUCCUGCGGGCGCCAGCUGCCAGCCGUCCGAUGCUGUGGACUGGCAACAGCAGCAGCACGCUCAGGGCGGCCCGAGCGCGACCCGAUGCGGCGAUAUCCCCUAUAUCAUCGUUUCGCCACCCGAGUCCAGCUAUCCUCCGCACCACCAUCACAGCUCUCUGUACCAGCCACAGCAGUCCCAGCAUACCGCGAGCCAGAGCCAGAGCCAGAGCCAGGCUCAGACCCGCCUCACCAUCCGCAUCCCGCCCAUGUCGCUCGUCCGCUGCGACGACGCGCUGCCCGUGCCCGGUGCACCGCUCCUCGGCACGAUGGACCUGCCUAUGAUCGACGACACCCAGUACGACUCCGAGGCGUCGGACCUUUCAACCUCGAGCUCGUCAGAGGAAGCACUGACGCCCGAACCUAUGGACGUCUCCCCGGAGGAGCCCGCCGCCCUGCGCGUCCGACUCGCGCCUAAGCGCAAGCUCCAGGACGUCGAGGACGAAGACUGCGCGUACGAGACUCUCUACGCCAACGACACCGUCGGCCAGCCCGAGGGUCCCAAGUACGCCAUGAAAAGACGCUGGCGCCACGCCUCCCCUUCCCGUUCUGGCGCCGGCGCCCCCGCUCCCCGCCGCCGCACCCAGCGUUGCUGAGCGUCGUCGUGCGCCCCGCUCCAUAAUGUGCAAAACAUUAUGUCCGCGCACACGCUGCCCCGUUGCACGGGGCAUCAUCAUACCCCUGCAUUCUCACCUUUUACGCCCCUUUCUCCCUGUCUCAUUUGAACUCUGUUUCGAAAAUCGAUGGACCCUCUUCUCGCAUCACGCUCGCAUGUACUGUACCCAUAACAUUAUUCUCCACACAUACACACACAACCCCAUCACGCAUACAGCCAAUAUCAUACCUGCAACUGCUCCGUUUAAAACCAC